AUUUUUCUCGAAUGUGUUUGUUUGUGUAGAUAAGAUAUAUGUACAGACAUAUAUAGUAAUUCCUAAAAUAACUCACAUCCUACCAUGUCCACCGAAUGCUUAGGAAACUGAAACAUGAUCCCAACAACCUUGAUAAGACCAUCACCUUUCCUUUUUGUGAAUUAUCAUGGCACCAUUCUCUAAUUUUCUUCUUCAUUAUCACAAUCCAAAAACUUCCAAAUUUUUGGCAUCUUCUUUCCUCCUUUCUUUCCCCUUCAGAAUUUGGGAAUAACACUCCAAUUCCUCCUUGUGACCGAAUCCUUCAUCACAUUGUAAUAAACAUUUGAAUUAAUUAUCUUGUCAUUUCUAUAUUUCUCUUUUUGUUGUUUUUCUUCUUUAGUUUAUAUGUUUUACAUUGAGGGUGGCUAUGUUUAACACGCCCUUUGUUAUAUCCUUUGCACUGUUGUUAUCAUUCCCUCUCCUUUUCCUCUUCGCGCCACAAAUCUUUCCUCCCAAACACGUCGAGAUCUCAAUCCCUGACGAACUUGAUGAUCUUGCUUUGUUCCGUCGCGCAACCUUAGCUUCCAUCGACGGGGGCGGUGGUGCCAUCUCACGACUUGGCACCACCAAUCCCCGUAUGAAGAUCGCGUUCCUCUUCCUCACCAACACCGAACUUCAUUUCGCGCCGCUUUGGGACAGGUUCUUUGCCAACCAUGAUGGCCUUUUCAACAUUUACAUCCAUGCAGAUCCCUCAGCCAAAAUUUCGCCAAAUGGCGGACGGGUUUUCAAGGGCCGCUUCAUAGCGGCCAAGAGAACCCAACGUGCGUCCCCUACCCUAAUAUCGGCGGCUCGACGCCUUAUGGCGACCGCCCUCUUAGAUGACCCGUUAAAUUCCUAUUUUGCCCUUGUGUCGCAACAUUGCAUCCCUUUGCAUUCGUUCAAAUUCAUUUACAACUCUCUCUUUGGAUCUCAAUUUCCUGAAUAUCGAAGCUUCAUUCAAAUAUUAUCAAACGAGUCGUACAUGUGGGACCGUUACACCGCACGUGGCGAGAGUGCAAUGCUACCCGAGGUACCGUUCGAUCGGUUCCGGUUCGGGUCACAAUUCUUUGUCCUAACACGUAGACAUGCAUUGGUAGUUAUUAGGGAUAGGAGAUUAUGGAGGAAAUUUAGAAUGCCUUGUUUGAACGAGGAUUCAUGUUAUCCUGAGGAACAUUAUUUUCCUACACUUUUGUCAAUGGAAGAUCCUGAAGGGUGCACACAAUAUACUCUAACACGUGUCAAUUGGACAGAGAGUGUCGAUGGACACCCUCGUACUUAUUUUCCUGCAGAGAUUUCACCAGAGCUUAUUUAUAAGCUCAGGGAAUCAAAUUCAACGUAUUCUCAUAUGUUUGCAAGAAAAUUCUCACCGGAUUGUCUAAAGCCAUUGAUGGAUAUUGCAGACAAGGUCAUUUUCCGGGAUUAAAUCGGGCGAGUUUGAAAUGUUGUUUUUAGGUUAUCGUAGGAACUAAAAACUUUGAAGGCUGAAGCAGGAAGAGGCUGAGGCCCAUGCCAAUAGCCCUCUCAAAAUAAACAAAUGUUGCUGCUAUUUGGUAGUUUCUCUUGUACAUAAAUUAGAGAACUACCUUUGGCUUUCUUGCUGGUUGUGUUUACAAAGUGAGAAAAAAAUGGUGUGGUGAUCACAAAAUUGGUGCUUAUUAUGGGCUUAGAAUGCAGUUAGAGAAGGAUUUGGUGCAAAGGAUAAGCGAAAUGUAGCAAAACAAAGCUUAUUUCUUUGUUCGCCUUUCCUUUUACACAUACUCUUUCUUUGAGGUUUCGAGACUUGUAACAAAUCAUAUAUCGCUUAUAAUUUUAUAUACUAUACAAACCUCUCCUUUUAUAUUUGUGUAACGGGAUUAAUAUUGUAAUGUAGAAGUAGAAGAUUUUGCU